AUGGCCGAGUCACUUCUUUUCAGCUUCGCGGAAUCAGUGUUAGGGAAGCUUGCUACUGCUGCCGUUCAAGAAGCUUCUUUGGCGCUUGGUGUGCAUAGCGAGCUACAACAGAUGAAAGAGAAUAUGGCAAUCAUCAAAGGUGUUCUCUUAGAUGCUGAGAAGAAGACUACGCAGAGCAGUGGGUUGAGCCAAUGGCUGAGACAAGUCAAGCGCGUGUUUUCUGAUGCUGAAGACAUAGUCGAUGAUUUCGAGUGCGAAACGUUACGGAAACAUGUUGUCAACACCUAUGGUAGCUUCUCAAGGAAGUUAGAAAUGACUGGUUGUCCUGAAUUAUGGAAAAAAUUUAAGCCAGAAGUUGGAUCGGAUUGGGAUAAGAUAUCAUUCAUCAAAGAUGUUUACAAUAAUGAAGAAGAAGAAGAAGAUGAAGAAGACGAAGAAGAAGAAGAUGAAGAAGAAGAUGAAGAAGAUGAAGACUCAGCAAAAGAUGGAAAAGAAGACGAUGAAGAAGAAUAUUCUCAUAAUAACACAAUCAAAAGUUGAGGGUACUAAUUUUAAUUUUUUGCUUUUCUAUUAGACUAUUGUUUUUGACAAGUUAUCUU